AUGGGCCGGCUUGAUCUUUCUUUUUUUUUGAUAGCAAUGGUCACUACAGGGGCAAGGGGAGGGCCAGAGGGGAAUGAGGUGGGGCGGGGGUUUGAAUCUAGCACUUGGAGUGCCGCGCAAAGCAACUCUACCAUAUCGGAUGGACCGCAGGUCCAAUGUUUCUUCAAAACGACAUUGUAA